AUGUCGAACGGAAUGUGCUAUCCAUUUCCAAAUCAUAAUGAUCCGAACGAUAUGAAUAGUUCGACUUUAACUCAGUCGGAAAAAUGUAUCUAUCUGGUUAAGUGUGCUUUGUCACGUGGCUUUGAACGCGAUUGUCCAUGUAAUCAAAACAAUUGUUCGAUAUUGAUGAAAGAAAUUUGCGAACAAGAUUAUGUUAUCUAUCCUGAUGGUGCUUUGUAUGCACCCCAUCUUUUUCAUCAAUAUCGAAUCGAUCGUGAUUGGCACGCAAUUGUACCGGACUUGGCUAGAAUGAAUGGAUGUAUCCAGUGCCGUGGCUAUCGUGUGUGUCAUUCGAUGUUGGACAAUAUCAAAUUUUUCCAUCAAUUAUUUCGUGCAGCUGAUGUGAUCGCUUGCAAAUAUGUCGAAUAUGCGGACAAUACAUCGAGACUACAAAAGGACAAAUAUUGUUGGAAUGAUUCGCAAACAUUCAAUGGUUAUCCUUAUAAAAUAGCUGAUGUUUGUUCUAUAUCGAAAGAAUGUAUUUCCAAAUAUCGACUUUUGGAUCAAGCUGCAAACUGUAUGGACGUUAUGGAUGAGAAAGUCAUCGAUUAUAAAUGUGACGUUAAUAUUAGAAAGCAUCGUUUUCAAUGUUCAUCGAAUGAUUCAAAGUGUUUGCCUGUGUGGCGCUUAGGAAAUAGAGAAAAGGAUUGUCUCAAUGAUUUCGAUGAAUUUGUCUAUGGAUUGAGUUAUCCACUAAAUCGAAUAGAUUGUAAACGAUCGAAUGAUAUCGGUUGUCAGAGAAUUCGACUGUACAUUAGUCAAUCUUCAUCAAUGAAGACAAACGAAUCUUUAUUGAAUUUACCAAAUGAACCCAUGUUGUCAGUUCAAAUUCCGUUUCGUUAUUUUUGCAAUAGCUAUUGGGAUCUUUCGUCGAAAAUCGACGAGUCAUCAACGUACUGUCAACAGUGGAUUUGUUCAACAAGUGAUUUUCAAUGUGGAACUGGUCAGUGUAUAUUGAUUGAUUAUGUUUGUGAUGGAGAAAUCGAUUGUUCAGAUGGUUCAGAUGAACAAGCCAUUUUUCUUUUGAUCGAUCAUAUGUCUGAGCACAAUCGUCAACUAGGAAGUAAUUUGUCAACGAAAGUCGAACAAUGUCAUCAGAUGUACGAUCAUAAACAACCAUUCGAUAAAUUUUGUGAUUUUCAAUAUGAAUUUCCUUGCCUUUUAAACAAUGUAACUGAUCCAACAGAUAUAUUUACGAAUCGGCCAUGUAUUAAUCUAACUCAGAUUGGUGAUGACAUUGCCAAUUGUUAUGGUGCACUUGAUGAAUCGAAUACAUUCGAAGACUGUCAGGGAAAUAUGAAAGGGUAUAGUUUUCGUUGUAAUAGUGCAUUGGCAUUAUCUUUAUGUAUGGCUUAUGCAUAUCUUUGCGAAAAUCGUUGUAAAAAUCGUGAUGACCAACCAAUUUGUUUUUAUCGUUCAACAAUUGGAAAUUGCAGUGCUCCGACAGAUGUCACAUGUCUAAAUAGUGCACAAUGCAUUAAAGGAGGUCGAUGCGAUGGUUCACUAGAUUGUCCGUAUGAUGAAGAUGAAUUUUGGUGUCCUAGAACCACUGGCAAUUUUGAAAAGUCUUACUAUCGACAAAUAAAACAUCGUAACGAUGUAGAUAGAACUUUUGAUCUUCAUAUUCCAUCCUAUCCACAAUCGCAUCGUUUAUCAGUCGAUUUUCAACGUUUACAAACAACUAUUCGAACCAAGAAAUUUGGUCGAACAGUUCUACAAUAUGAAUCCAUAUUGCGCGAUAGUUUUUGGUGCAAUCGAGGUGUUGCUGUCCAUGUCAAUGAUGCUAUCGAAUGUUUUUGUCCACCGACGUACUAUGGAAAGCGAUGUGAAUAUUUUAGUGAUCGAAUCACCGUUGUAACACAUCUCGACCUUUCACAUUUUCAAUUUGACAUUGCUAUGAACAACGACACAAAUGUGUUCAUCAAAAUCUUAGUUACUCUUCGUCACGAAUACAACAUUCUUGACUGGCAUGAAUUUCAUGUACAAUCACUAAUUGAAAUAAAUGAACCUGUCAAACAUAAGUUUCACCUAUUGUGUAGUCGUAGUCCAUUACAUUUAAAAAUAAAACAAGAACGACAAACAUCUCGACAAAAAAUUUUCCAUGAACAUCCAUAUUCGAUUCGUUUUGAAGCAUUUGAAUUACAAACAAAUCAAACAAUUGUCGAAUUGGGAGCUUGGCAUUAUCCGAUCUAUUUUGAUUUCUUACCAUCGUUUCGCUUUGCCACUAUGCUACGAUUUCCAAGCGAUUAUAAUAAUGUUUCCAUUGAUUCAUGUCGCAGACAUCGUUGUCAACGUAAUUCAAUCUGUCGACCACUGUUCUCGACGAAGAAUUUGUAUUAUUGCUCAUGUAAACAAGGAUACUACGGUCAAUACUGUCAAUUUUACAAUGACCAAUGUUCUGUAUAUUGUUCACCAUCAUCACUAUGCAAAGGUGAUUACUUUAUUCAAAGUCAUGGACUAGAACAACCAUUGUGUAUCUGUCCACGUGAUCGAUACGGACCACGUUGUCAUCUUCGUUUCAAUUCGUUUUGUUCGAAAGAUCGCUGUCAAAACAAUGGUACCUGUUUGUAUACAUACGAUUGGAGUGGUGAAACACACUAUCGUUGUGUUUGUCAAAAUCACUUCUAUGGAAAUGUAUGUGAUCUUGAAAAAGUUCCUAUUAAUAUACGACUAAGUACGAUAGAAAACGUUCGAGCAACGACCAUUCAGUUUUAUGAAAUCAAUAAACAAUCUUUUCAACUUGAUAUUGUACAUCAAACCGUUCAAUCGGGUCUUGCUGAAUAUAUCUAUUAUAAGCACAUAGGUGAAGUUGUACCACCACUUUGUUUGCUGAAAUUCUAUGAUGACUUAUUUUCAUUUCGAUAUUUUAUCGGUUACUUUUGGCUAUCUGUUAAUACAAUCAACAUAACAAGGAAUCCAUGGUUUUGUCCUAAAGCGAACACCUAUAUUGAGAAAUUAAACAUAAGUAAGUGUUCAUCGACAAAGAACUUUUUCUUACUACUUUUACUACCCAUUUCAUAA